UUUGCAUAGCAUUUUAUUUCUUCUAGCGAUGUUGUUCACAUUGCUUCUAUGUAACACACUGCAGGAGGAGAUUUCAAGCCCAAUCAACGCCCGAAUCUUCGAACUCUGCGAUGACGAGUUGUUCCCGGAGGCGGGUCUUCAGAGCUCUGAGGUUACCUCAACCUCAAACUGUUGCUUUGAAGAGGCACAAUACAAGACCAAUACAGUCACCACACCAACUAGUACAACACAAGAUAUAACUGCCUCGGCAGCGGCCGUUGCGGCCAAUAACAAUAACAACAAACCACCGGACAGCUGUAACAACCUUUCGGUUAUCUUUGACUCCCAAGAAGACCUUGACAAUGACAUCUCUGCUUCCAUAGACUUCUCUUCUUCUCCAGCCGCAGCUUUUCCAGUUCCAUCUCUUCUCCCAAAUAUCACAACUCAGCCGGAACAAUUUGACUUCUCCUCGCCUUCGGUUCUCAAGGGUCUCCCUCAUCAGUAUCCAACUGACACUGCUACUACUGUUGUUGUUCCACCACUUAUGGGGAAUCCAUUAGUAUCUUCUGUUUUCGAAGAUGAAUGCAUGUCUUCAAUGGCUUCUUAUGUUCCUAUUAACUCUUCUUCCGCACCUUCUUGCUCUUAUCUCAGCCCUGCUGGCUUAGGAGUGUUCAUGCCUCCUCUUACUACCGCCUUAUCUGCUGAUUCUGCCUUGUUUGGUGGCAACAUUCUACUCGGUUCGGAACUUCAAGCUCAAGAAAUCGAUUACCAGGGAGAAAAUGGUGGAAUAUUUUGUACAGAUUCAAUUCAGAGGGUGUUUAAUCCACCAGAUCUUCAGACACUUAGUAGUGAGAGUCAGCAACUUGUACCUGGUUCUGGAGGCUCUGCCACUUUGGCACCAGAAAUCUCAAACUUGGAGGACUCUACCUUAAAAGUUGGUAAACUUUCUGUUGAGCAAAGGAAGGAAAAGAUUCAUAGAUACAUGAAGAAGAGAAAUGAAAGAAAUUUCAGCAAGAAAAUCAAGUAUGCAUGCCGCAAAACUCUGGCUGAUAGCCGACCCCGAGUUCGAGGAAGGUUUGCAAAGAAUGAUGACUUCGGAGAGAACCAUAGACCAGCUUGUAGCAAUCAUGAAGAAGAUGAUGAAGAAGAAAUAGUUGUGAAGGAAGAUGAUGGUUUGGUCGAUUCCUCAGAUAUCUUUGCACAUAUAAGUGGUGUGAACUCCUUCAAGUGCAACUAUUCUUCCAUCCAAUCCUGGAUUUAAUUUGAAAAAUCAUGUUUAGUAAUUUCAUUUUUAGUAUAACGAUAUUAAUAUCUUUAUUAUACGUAGCUUCUAUAGAUUUUUGCAGGGCCCUUUAUCCAUCCUUUGUUUGAUGGCUACAGGAAUCUGAAAUAAUUGGGGUCAAAAUAAUAUAUACCAAUAAGUGAGUGAGUCAGGAAUAUAAGAGUGUACACAUUUUUGCAUAUA